CCGUUGUUUCGUAUCAUAGGAUUGCGACAAGGCGAACCAAACACCGAAUACUAGAAACUUUAAAAACCCCGUGCCGCGUACGGGAAUAUUGUAGUUGGCUAAUUUCUGUUUGCCAAGGUAGACAGAGAAUGUGAUGUCAUCCUCGUUUUAAUUAUCGAGAUAUACGGAUUUGCAAGUACCGACGAGGGCUAAAACGUUCACUUCUACCGAAAGCGUCAAACAUUGCGCCGACGUUAAAGUGUUUACGGUUUCGUGCUAAUAGUUGCCGUGCAGGUGGUUCUGGUAAUAGCUAGCAUUAAUUAAUUAAUUAGGAAAACUACACGAGCCGUUUGCGCAGCGAUGUUCCCUUUUCUGUGUCUAUUCCUAUACGCUCUGCUGCGCGAGACGUUUGCCGGUCACAGCCACAUUGGCGUGGGGAUUUACGACCGAGAUCCACAUGAUCAGAGAGAUCAUGGUUCAGGCUUAAGCGAUCCAUACGGCAGGAACGAGUAUGACUACGGAUACAGCAGAGGUCGGAUUGCGUACGAGAAUGAUUAUCAUAUGAACUACCGCCAAGGUGCACGCUAUGGCCGUAGAUCGUCUUCACGGAUAGAUCGAUCGGACCGCUAUGAUAGAGAUCGCGUCUACGACAGGUUCUACGACCGCGUUUACGGAAGAGAUGGAUCGCGCCCUGAUCGAAUUGUCAGUGUGCUCAGACCUGAUGGAUAUAAUAAAGACGGUUAUAAUCGAAACUAUAAUCGUUACAAUCGUGGAUAUAAACCUGACCGUGGAUAUGGCUACGACAGAUACGGUCGGGAUUAUUAUCUUCGAGACUUUCAACGAGAUUUCACCAAAGACCGGCAGAGCGUGGCACGCCUAGCAGACGUCAAUCGAGUCCCUGACCGCCUCUAUGACAUAUACGAUCGCUACGCUGCAUACGAUAGAUACCAACCACGCGGUUAUUACAAUGACCAUUAUCCUCGAAAUGGGCCUGGCACGUUCUUCGGGCAAACAAGAUAUCCGGCAGAGGGCCGCUAUGAUCGGGGAUACGGCAGGCCAAUAACUGGACGGAUUGAGGGAUACGAAGUUCGCAAUUAUGGAUGGAAACUUGGAAACGGACGGAAUGUUCUAAAUACGGAAUAUGACCAUGGCUUCACCGGAUCAUAUCAGAGAGGCUACGGCACUGCCUAUUACACAAGACCGGUCAAUUACAUCGCAGGCGUCGCUAGUCGGCUUUAUUCCUAGGCUAGGAUCGAUCACACGACAACUUUCCUUUUAGGAAACGAAACCUAGCCGGAAGGUUAGGUAAUUAGGUAGCUCCAAUCGUAAAGAAAACAGCAAAAGGAUCUCAUCGCAUCUAAUAUAGAUUAAUCCAAAUGUGUUUUUGAGCAAAGAGGACUCACACUGCUUCAGGCCAAAUUACCUACAUCUGUAACGAGUCACGGCACAAUCGCCGUUAGCCUCGAUCUCUGACUGCCGGGUCUGUGAGUCGCGGCUUUAGGUCAUCAUCAAUUGAAAUAUUUUUGUAUAGCGGUGCGCUAUUACGUUCGCGUACGCAGCGAAAUUUUAUGAACACGACAAUGUAACAAUCGCGUUAUAUGUUUGUUAGCAACAACAACAAUAAUAAUGAUUACUUCUGUUAUUACAAAGACAAGUAAUAAAGAUUUCGUAUCGUCAUGAUAGUAUAUACAGCCGUAAAGAAAAUUUUUAACCUAUGUUGACUGGCGACAAACAAAUAGCUCGUUAUGGACAACUUCCCAUAGCGAGAAGUACGUGGCCGUUUAGCUACCAAGUAGAUACCAAAGCUGAAUCAUUAACCCAUUCCUAGCCAGAUAUCAAGAUUUCGUUUUGCUUUGUACUGCUCUCAGUUCUCUUGUCAGUUCUCCUCUUCCAAAGAUCCCGUACAGCUGACCGGUUACAUUUUCUAUGGACAAUUGAUAGAAAUACUAUUACCUACCUUACAUUGUACCGCUGAACAAUUUAAGCAAGGCUCACUUGGAUCAAAUAUAGGAUAAAGGUAAAAUUAUUUUUGAUAUGUAACAGAAAUCGAGCUCUUGACAAAUGUAUGUGUCUCUAUUGUGUAGUUUAAGACGCUUGUUGAAAGGUAUUUCUGCAAAUAUGUAGGUGCGAUAACUGUAGUAGAAUCUAGGUUGAAUUAAGUUGAGCCUAUCCGUGGAAGUAGUGUAGCCGCUAUAUGUAUAAAUAGGUUUUAUACGGCGGUUAUUUUUGUUUUUAUUCGUCACU